AUGGCUCCAACGGAUUACCACAUUUUCAAGAACUUGGCUGCAUUUUUAUGUGGACAACAAUUCACUGUAGAAGACGAUGUCAAAAGAGCCAUCAAAACUUUCUUUGAUUCCAGAAAUUCUGAAUUCUAUGCUACUGGCCUCAAAUCGCUUGGAAAACGUUGGCAUGAUUGUGUUAAUGCUGAUGGUAAUUAUUUUGAUUAAUAAAUAUUUGUUGUUGUUGCGCAAAAAAUUCGCCUAAAUUUAUCGGCGGAGGCUAUAACUUGCUUCAAACAUAACGUAGCGGCGUGAAACAAAAAGCAUUAGUUUUAAAAUUAUCAGGCCCAUCUUCACUGACGCUAAACUUGUUUGAAAAUAACUCUAAAUUAAAAAUUCCGCCGAGUCUCCGCCAAGUAAUUGAAAACAUUGAAAAUGCGAUUUGUAUCAAAAGAAUUGAAAACUUAGAAAAAUUUCGAGAAAAAAAAGCAUUUUCAAUCGAAAAUAUGUGUAUUUUGGCGAAAAAUGCUCAUUUUCAAAAAUUAAUGACGACCGUAAAAAGCACUUAAAAAAUCCAAAAUUUUGCACAAAAAAUUGUACCAGUCUCUACUACCAGUGUACCAAAAUUUAGAAUUGUAGCACAUGUAGUUGCAAAGAUAUAACUCGUUUCUACUAAUAAAAUAUGGUGAAACACCCUGUAAAAAUAAAUCCCGAAAUUGCAACAAACACGUUAAAGGUUAAAGGUUUAUUAACAUAGUUUCUACGCUAUACAAUUACAAUUUAUGGUCGGUGAUAUGUAGAUGUAGUUAGAUUAUAUGAUGUUGAUGCCGACGAAUUGCAUUGAGGUACUGCGUGUAUGUUCCUGGAUUGUUCUAGUUCUUCCUCGUUGUUCACCGGAGCUAUCCUUGGUUUAUGAUCAAACAGCUAAACCCGUAAACACCAGCCAUUGGCCCAGCUUGGCUGUGGGAUCAAAAUAAUAGUACCCAACCUAAAUAUGUAUUAUAUUUAAAUAUUUAAAGUUACAUUUUUUUAUUGUAAAAACAUAUAUUGCAAAACGUCCUAUUUUCUAUCCCAACAUUUUUUUGCAUACAAAGCUUUAAUGUUAACUUAUUUUAUAACUAAUUUAGAUUGCUGGUUUGGCUUCCAACUUUGCUGCCAGCUAUUAUUUCUUGAUAGCUGUGCGUGAUUAUCAGCGCCCUAUGGUAACUUUUUUACUAUAUUUUUUAGUAAUGCUUUAGUACAACCGCAGCCCUAGCCCUAGCCCUAGUCCUAGCCCUAGCCCUAGCCUUAGCCCUAGCUCUAGCCCUAGCCCUAGCCCUAGCCCUAGCCCUAGCCCUAGCCCUAGCCCUAGCCCUAGCCCUAGCCCUAGCCCUAGCCCUAGCCCUAGCCCUAGCCCUAGCCCUAGCCCUAGCCCUAGCUCUAGCUCUAGCUCUAGCCCUAGCCCUAGCCCAGAGCUCUAGCUACAAGCCCUAG